UAACUUGAAUUGCAACAAAGUAAUGUGAUCUUUUACCUAAAUUUUGACUUAUAGAUCCACCCAUUAUCUUCGCAUAAACACUCACACAUACCACAAAGUUCUUCUCAAUGUUGACCAAAAAAAAAAUAAUAAUUAAAAAAAACAAAAAUCUCACACACUUUUCCAUCGUAACUUUGAUUAAAUUGUGGUUGAAAUCAGUCACAUAUAUGAAAGUUCAUCAUACAAUCUUUGAAUUCUAAUUCUUAAUAGCCACAGCUGUUAUUCUUCACACACUGCUUAUAAAUUUAUCCCACGUGUUGAUUGACCAUCCGACAAAUUACAUCACCACACCCCACGGGAGAGAGAACCACUGUGACUUCCUCGAAAUUGUAGGUAGAAUUGGUUAUGCCUUUUGAUUUUGAACAUCCAUAUAUGCUUUCUUAUUUGCAAUUUCAUUAGUAUGUUUUUGUACUUUUUCGUACCACUGCACUAUUGCUUGGUGGCUCUUGCUUCUUUUGUAUAUAUGUAUAGAGCUUGAGGUUUUGGAGUUACUUUCCCCUCCAGUUCUAAAAUGGUGAGAGCUCCAUGCUGUGAGAAGAUGGGACUGAAGAAAGGUCCCUGGACUCCAGAAGAAGAUCAGAUACUCAUCAAUUACAUUCAACUUUAUGGCUAUGGAAACUGGCGAGCACUUCCCAAACAAGCCGGUUUGUUAAGGUGUGGAAAGAGUUGCAGGUUGAGAUGGACAAAUUACUUAAGACCAGACAUUAAAAGAGGAAAUUUCAGCAGAGAAGAAGAAGAAACCAUCGUCGAGUUACAGGAAAUGUUGGGAAAUAGAUGGUCGGCAAUUGCAGCAAGAUUACCAGGAAGAACAGACAAUGAAAUAAAAAAUGUAUGGCACAGCCACUUGAAAAAGAGACUCAAACAAAACCAAGCCACCAGCACCAUGAGUGAUGCUUUCAAGUAUAAUCCUAACCAAGACACCAAAAAGGAACAAGAACACAUGAAUAUCAGUAUCCAUGGGAGAUCCGAGAGCACAGAAUAUAUUAAUCCACAAGAGAGUAGGAGUGAAAUAUCGUCCGUGACUAGUUUUGAUCAUAACAUGAGCAGCAACAUGAUGAUGAAAUCGUCUUCUUCAAAUGAAAGUUUGGUUAAAAUAACAGAUGAGAAUUUGGGGUUUGAAGUGGUGUCAGCUGAUAGUCCAGAGAUGGAGAGUGACUUUUGGUAUAAUCUUUUCACUAGAGCUGGCGACAUUCCUGAAUUAUCAGAGAUUUGAAUUGGGUUGUAAUUUUUCUCUCUAUUUUUCUAUAAUUUUUUAGGUGAGAAGUGGAAAAUUAUUGUUAUCUAGCAAUGAUGGAUGUGCUAAUUACAAACAAAAAAUUAGUAGUAUUGUAGUAGAGUUGAUGUGUAUAUUUCUUUGAUCAUGACUUUAAAAUAUGAGUUGUGCAUAAAA